GCGCUGGAUUUUAGCUGGUGAGGGGAAGGAAGGAAGGAAAGAGGCGGAGCUUAGUGCGUUGUCCGGCUCGCUAUUCAUGGCCGCCUUUCGGGUGGCCGGGAAGAUGAGCUCUUCUGCUUCUCUCUCCGCAUCCUGUCAAGGCCCCAGUGGCGCUUAGGCCUCCCUCGCGUGGGACGGGACAAGAUGCUACGGAGGCUUCUGUUGCCCCUGUCCCCACCAGACUGGCUUUUGCCGGGGCUGGUUGUGAUGGCUACGCUGUGUGGCGGAGUUGUUCCGCCAGUUGCCUCCAUCCUUCCAAGGCCGCCGUCUGUUACGCCGCGCACCUCCAGCUCUCGCGGCAGCGAGACAACGCGGAGCGGCAAUACAAGUAAUAGCAGUAGGCAGGUCCCAAGCCCGGAGACCGGCCAGCUCAUGACCCAGCGCGCCCUCUCUGUGCUCGUCUUGGCCAGCGCCGCCCUCAUCGUCUACUUCGUGAUCCGGACAGUGCGGCUGAGACGAAGAAACAGAAAGACACGGAAGUAUGGUGUUCUGGAUACAAACAUAGAAAAUAUGGAACUGACACCAUUAGAACAGGAUGAUGAUGAUGAUGACACAACACUGUUUGAUGCCAACCAUCCUCGAAGAUAAGUAUGUGCCUUCAGGAAACACUUCAGUUGUGGAGCAACAAUAGAGGCUGUACCUAUGGAAUAAGAAGCCAGUUUGGGGGUUGGAGGUGUAUAAGUGAGAUAUACAUGUUAUGGCAUCCUUAGCUUGUUGCUGUAAACACUGUAACAUUUUACUGUACCUUUUGUAUAUACAGAAAUAUUGUAAGUUUGGAACCUAUGGAAACAGUGCACUAGACAAAUUCAGUUUAAAUGGGGUAUUUCCUGCUUGUGUUAAUUCUGUAUUGUGGACUUCCCCAUUAAACACUGGACUGAAAUGCAGUUUGUGGGUUUCUUGGCUAAUUAACCUAUUUUUAAAAACAAUCAAGCAUAGUAAUGUGUGUGGAUUGCCUGCUGUUAGAUUUUCAUUUUCUAGAGAUAUGUUUUCUGUUUUGGAAACACCAAAUCUAACUACCAAUGUGGGUUUUUUUUUAAAAAAAAAAUUAAACUAGCUGUGGCUUGUUGGAUGUGCACUGUCAUUCUGUGUGAUACAAAUAAAUACAGUAUUGCUAA